CACACACACACACACACACAACAAACACACACAACCAAACAGCUCGAAAUAGAGAGGACCAGAGGCAGAGAAUAUAGCAGAGAACAGAGAACACAACAAUUCGAAUUGCCCGUGAAUUUUCUCUCCGACUCUUAGGUAGAUUCGAAUUUUUCAAACCCUACUUUUUCUCAUUCCUUCGAUUCUGUUUGGUUGCUGAGAGAAUUUUUUAGAAAUAGAAUCAAAUCUGAAUUUGGAAUUUCAAGAUUUUGGCUUCGUUGAAUCAUAUCCUCUCUUUUAUCAGCAAUUGAAUUAUGGGGCUCGAUUUCAUUUCAGGAUUUUGUAUGUAGCAGCAUCAUGACUUCUUCUGUUCAGGAUCCUUCUGAAAAUGGUUGUCCAGAAAACAAUGAGGUUGAUGAGCAGCAAAAGAACUCAGUACCUCAAAUCCAGUCUUCGUCUCCUUCAACUGGGAUCACUCAUCGUGCCAUUACAACGCCAAAUGUUCAGUAUCCAAUGCCUCCACAACUUGGAGUUGGAAAUGCUAUGGUGCAGCCGGCUUACCCAUAUCCAGAUCCUUAUUAUAGAAGCAUCUUUGCUCCCUAUGAUGCACAACCUUAUCCUGUUCAACCUUAUCCUGCAGAACCAAUGGUUCAUCUUCAGUUAAUGGGAAUUCAGCAAGCUGGUGUUCCAUUACCAUCAGAUGCAGUCGAGGAGCCCGUGUUUGUCAAUGCAAAACAAUAUCAUGGCAUCUUGCGCCGUCGCCAAUCUCGUGCAAAAGCUGAAUCAGAAAAUAAAAUGCUCAAGUCUCGGAAGCCAUACUUGCAUGAAUCUCGACAUUUGCAUGCACUGAGAAGAGCAAGAGGAUGUGGGGGCCGUUUUCUCAAUUCAAAGCAGAAAGAGAACGAACAGAAUGAGAUGGCAUCGGGUGACAAGAUGCAGCCCAACAUCAAUCUCAACUCCGACAAAAAUGAUCUUGCUUCCUCAGAUAGCACUUCUUGAUAUUUUCAAAGCAAUGGUGAUGUUUAAGCAAUGGGCCUUGGAAAGCGGUUGUAUGCCAUUAAUGGCCAGGAAACUAGGGUUCCAAACCAGCCUUAAUAGUCCCAAUAUCGCUGGUUUAUAGGUUAGUCAGGGUGUACUUUCAACUAAAUAGUGUGUUUAGGUUUUUCUGUAGGGAGAUUGCAGAGAUAGAAGCGGAGUGUAGUGCGCAAUAGAUUUCAUACUAGCUUUGUGCUCUUUCCUAGGGAGUGAUGGUUGAGUUUGCUGUGUGGACAUUUCUUGCCACUUGAAGGUCUGGUUGGGUUGAAGAUAUUUCUAACAGAGAAGUCUUGUUAGUUGUUUUCAUUUAACUAUGGUCUAUUAGAAUAUAAGGUUGGCUCUUUGUUGUGUAAUAUUAGCAAUUGGAUUUAUACUGUUAUAAAAUUUGAAUAAAUGUGGUAGUUUGACUAAAA